AUGGGCGGCCCUUCCAUCAUCCAGGAGCAGCGUGAUCUCUUGCUCAGCACCAUCAAGAACAUCACGCGAGGCGACGUAAGCCAUCAAGCCCUUUCCUCACCCAACCUCCACGCUCCAGACACGACAAGAUGCAAGACUGACCGAGACGAUCCUGUGCAGUGGAAGGUCCUCGUCGUGGACGAGAGCGCGAACAAGCUGAUUGAAAAUGUCGCUACCGAAGAUGACGUCCUCAACCUCAACGUUGCCAACAUUGAGCAUAUCGAGAAGAAGAGGGAGAUGAACCCCACCAUGGACGCCAUUUACAUCCUCUCGCCCAAACCCCACGUCAUCGAAUGCCUGCUUGCCGACCUGGACCGACGAAGAUACCAGAAUGCGUUCCUUGUGUGGACCGGCGUCGUCGACCCACGUCUGCGGCGCCGCAUCGACGAGUCGCCUGGGAAGCGCAUGAUCCGUUGCUUCGAAACCCUUGCGAUCGACUUCUUCCCCCGCGAGUCGAACCUGGCCACCUUCAGGGAUCCCUGGAGCUUCCCGAUCCUGUACAACCCGGAAUGCAACGACCUCAUCCGGGAACACUUGCAGGGGUUGGCGCAAAAGAUCCUCGGCGUCUGUGUGACGCUCGGAGAAUACCCCAGAGUCCGGUACUACAAACCCGCGAAUGCCAUGCACGAGGCCAGCGUUCUGUGUGAGCAUCUUGCGCGCAUGGUGCAGGAGGAGCUCGACACGUAUGCGAACUGGAACCAAGACUACCCGCCACAGACGAACAGACCGGCGAGCACCCUCAUCAUCACAGACCGGUCCAUGGACAUCACAGCCCCUCUCGUUCACGAGUUCACCUACCAAGCCAUGGCGCACGACUUGCUGCCCAUCCGCGAGGGUGAGAAGAUCAUGUACCACACCGUCACCGACAAGGGCACGCCCGACGAGGCCGAAAUUGACUACGAGAUUACAGACAAGGACAAGGUCUGGACAGACUACCGGCAUCAGCAUAUGAAAGACACCAUUGGGCGGAUGACGGUCGACUUUAAGAAGUUCCUCGAGGCGAAUCCUGCCUUUGUCAACGAGCAGACAGGGCCUGGCAGUGUCAACAACUUGCGCGACAUGCUGGGCGGCAUGAAAGAGUUCGCCGCGCAGAAGGAAUCAUUCUCGCUGCAUAUGAGCAUGGCGCAGGAUGCUAUGAACCUUUUCCAACAGUACAAGCUCCCCGACGUGGCUUCUGUGGAGCAGAGCCUGGCGACAGGCAUGGACGAGGACAACCGGCGGCCGAAGAACAUACUCGAGUCUGUCGUGCGAUUAUUGGAUGACCAGGCCAUUACACCUAGCGAUCGACUGCGACUCAUCAUACUGUACAUCCUCUACCGCGAAGGUGUCAUUGAGAACGACAUUACUCUGCUGCUCGAGCAUGCCAAGCUGCCCAGGGACGAAGCAGUUGUCGUGAAAAACCUUGCCCAUCUGGGCGGCCGCGUCUUGCACAAUCUGAAGGAGGCUCGCCGUGCGCACCCCCCCGCAUUCCCCAAGAACACGAAGCCGCCCGAGGUCACGAGGAUACGCCCUGUCUCGCUUCGAGCCCGCCCUGCAGUCAGUCCUAGAAGACGUCGUGCGUGGCCUUGUCAGCGGUGA